CCUCGACUCAACUACCUCGACCCCAGACCUCAUGUCAAUCUAACCCUUUCUCUAUCCCAUUUUACUAUUUCUGUGACUGGCACUCCCACAGUCGCGCUUAUGCGUUUGCAUUCCAUCUUCACUUCUCAGGUAAGUUGCCCAUGCCACCACCGAUGUGAUGACGGCACGACACCUUCCCCCCUCCAUUGCUGGGGUCGUCGGCACCGAUCGAAGUCAAUUGGCAUCCAGACAACCUUGUAUCAUUAUGACUAACGUUUGCACCUGCAGGACUACAUCUCGGAUCAAAUCUGGAAGGCUUCCGGAAACUACUGAAUCCAUCUACUAUACCGCUUCUUCAUUUCUCGUCACAUCUUUCUAAAUCUACAUCACAAUGUUCGCUCGACUCUUCAAGGCCAUGCCCGCCCGGGCCUCUGCCUUCCCUUCCGUGAAUGCUUCUAUCCAGUCUCGGUUCAUGGCGACGGUGCGUCAACAGCGUGCCGCCCCUGAACGCGCAACCUUCACGAUCCGAGAUGGUCCUAUCUUCCAUGGCAAGUCCUUCGGAGCUCGCUCCAACAUCUCCGGAGAGGCCGUCUUCACCACCUCUCUGGUCGGCUACCCCGAAUCUCUGACCGACCCGUCCUACCGCGGUCAGAUUCUGGUCUUCACCCAACCCUUGAUCGGAAACUACGGUGUCCCCUCGGCGGAGAAGGACUCCAACGGUCUGCUCAAGUACUUUGAAUCCCCUAACCUCCAGGCUGCUGGUGUUGUGGUGGCCGACGUCGCCGAGCAGUACAGCCACUGGACUGCCGUCCAGAGCCUGAGCGAGUGGUGUACCCGGGAGGGCGUGCCUGCCAUCUCGGGAGUCGACACUCGUGCCAUCGUCACCUACCUCCGUGAGCAGGGUUCCUCUCUGGCCCGUAUCACCGUGGGUGAGGAGUACGAUGCCGAUCAAGACGAGGCUUUCGUCGACCCGGAGCAGAUCCAUCUUGUCCGCCAGGUCAGCACCAAGGCUCCCUUCCACGUGCCUGCCGCCGACCCUCAAUGCCACGUUGCUGUCCUGGAUUGCGGUGUUAAGGAGAACAUUUUGCGGAGCAUGGUUAGCCGUGGCGCUAGCGUGACCGUCUUCCCCUUUGACUACCCCAUCCACAAGGUCGCUCACCACUUCGACGGUGUCUUCAUCUCCAACGGCCCUGGUGACCCCACUCACUGCCAGGAUACUACCUACCACCUGCGUCGUUUGAUGGAAACCUCCCAGGUGCCCAUCUUUGGUAUCUGCUUGGGUCACCAGCUCCUGGCUCUGGCUGCCGGUGCUCGUACCAUCAAGCUGAAGUACGGAAACCGUGCCCACAACAUCCCCGCUUUGGACAUGAGCACCGGACGCUGCCACAUCACCAGUCAGAACCACGGUUAUGCCGUUGACACGUCGACCUUGCCUUCCGACUGGAAGCCCUACUUCGUCAACCUGAACGACUCGAGUAACGAGGGUAUGAUCCACAAGUCUCGCCCCAUCUUCAGCACCCAAUUCCACCCCGAGGCCAAGGGAGGUCCUCUGGACUCCUCGUACCUCUUUGACAUCUACCUGGACAGCGUCCUCAAGUACAAGAACAGCCAGCUGGCUUUCCACCCCCAGCGCGAGACCAUCCCCAGCCCUCUGCUGGUUGAUCUGCUGGCUAAGGAGCGUGUUGGCGUGCAGCCAACGAUUGGCAUGCAGAAUGUUGCCGCCGCCACCGCUGCCGCUGCUGCUUAAAAGUCUUGAAGAUUCAAUAUGUACAUGGCGUUUGCUUUCGGUUUUGGGCUGGGAUUUAUUCGAGUUUGGUAAAAGGUUUCGUACAUUUUAAUUGAUUAAGUUCAAUAUUCA